ACAUCCACCACAUGCCCCUUGCCGAAAUAUGCCAAGCUCAUAUAUAUAAUUGCUACACUUUCAUGCAUAACACAGUUUUAGCCAAGACUUUAUAUUUUAGAGAAGACAAUCCCCACCCCCACCCCCACCCCCCCACCCCCUCAAAAAAGAGAAAAAAGAAAACUCCAUUUCUUGCAAAUUAUCCUUAUCUUUCUAAAAUAAUUUGGCAGCCUUCAAUUUUGUUGGGUCUUAAAAUCAACAAGAAAAAAACUACAGUAUCAUGGAAGCACAGCAUCAAAUGCUGAGGAUUAAUGAAGCAGACGUACAACCAACAAAGCACCAAGUACAGCUCGCCGGCGCCGCCUCGCCGCCACCGUCGGCUUCGUCGUCUCCUUCGCAUGAAUUCUCCUUCACCAUCUCCCUCCACCCGCCGAAAUCCGAGAGCAAUAAUAAAUCCUGUCCUCCGCCGUUCGCGGCGGGCGCCAUCGACCUAUCUCCGGCCGACGAGAUCUUCUUCCACGGGCACCUCCUCCCCCUCCACCUCCUCUCCCAUCUCCCGGCGUCGCCGCGCUCCUCCACCAACUCCCUCGACAGCUUCACCCUCCCCAUAAAAGAGCUAUUAAGCGUGGACGAGAACAAUAGCAACAACGACGAAGACGACGGAAACAACGGCGGCGAGAGCCGACAUGUGUCGGAAGGGAAGGGGAGAGGGAAAUCAAAGUCUUUCUCUCUCUUCGCGAUGCCGAAAUGGAGAAAGGAGAGAGAGGAAGAGGAGGAUCAUGAGCAUUCGACGUCGGCGCAGAAACAACGGAAAUCGAGAUUCGAGCUGCUGAAGAGGUACGUGAGAUUCGUGAAGCCGUUUCUGUCGCUGCGGGGGCGGGGGCAGGGGAGCUCCGGCGACUUCCUCCGGCAGCAGCCCUACUCGUAUUCGGGGAAUUUGAGGGUGAGGGAGAAGAAGAGCGCCAUGAGGGGAAGGAGGGGGGAGUUCUCGGCGCCGGCGUCGAUGAGGACCUCGCCGGCGAACAGCGGGCUGCUCGUGGCCAGCGGCGCCACCACUCCCACGGCGGCGGGGAAGAGCGAUAGUACCAUGGAGGAGCUGCAGGCGGCGAUCCAAGCGGCGAUUGCUCAUUGCAAGAAGUCGAUUGCAGCUGAAGAUAAAAUCAAGCUGCACCCAUAAUUUUAUUUCAUUAUGGUAGGGAUUAAAUUCAUUUUUACCGACUUUAAAUUUUGAUGGGUGUGUAAAAAUGUUACAUAAGAAAAUAAAAUACAUAUGUUGAGGUGA